GAGCCCAACAAACGCACACACUCACGCAGGGGCUAUGUUCUGGCUUCUGAGCCCAGGCAGCUGGUCUCAGCGGCAUCCAGGCCUCUUACGGGCUGCCCUGCUCCCGGGGUGCCCCUGAACCCAGAAACCUUGGGGUUGUGGGAGGGAAGGGAGUGUCUGCUUUGCUCUCGAGGGAGCCCCCAGUGACUGCAGCAGGAUGGGUGGGCGGCCCUCGAGCCCCCUGGACAAGCGGCGGCAACAGCACCUGAGAGGCCAGGUGGACACCAUGCUGAGGGACUUCCUGCCCUGCUACCGCGAGCAGCUGGCGGCCUCUGUCCUGCGACAGAUCUCCCGUGAGCUGGGGCCCCAGGAGCCCGCCGGAUGCCAGCUGAUGCGCAGUAAAAAGCUUCCCCGAGUCCGUGAGCACCAAGGGCCUCUGACCCAGCUGUGGGGCCACCCACCUCGGUGGCAGCCGAUCUUCUGUGUCCUGCGGGGGGAUGGCCGCCUGGAGUGGUUCAGCCAUAGGGAGGAAUAUGAGAAUGGGGGCCAUCCCCUCAGCUCCGUGGCCUUGACAGGGUAUACUGUCCUGACUUCCCAGCGUGAAUAUCUCUGCCUGUUGGAUGCUCUCUGCCCAGUCCCCUCAGGAGAGCAUACCCAGGAAGAGCCCGAACCCCUCCUGGAAAUGCCCGUGAACUUCCCCCUGUUCCUGCAGCACCCCUUCCGCCGGCACCUCUGUUUCUCCGCGGCCACGGGGGAAGCGCGGCGGGCUUGGAGGCUGGCCCUCCAGGGUGGCAUCCGGCUCCGUGGGACAGUCUUGCAGCGCAGUCAGGCCCCCGCAGCCCGUGCCUUCCUGGACGCCUUAAGACUCUAUCGGCAGCGCCGAGGCCACUUUGGCGAGGACGACGUGACCCUGGGCUCGGAUGCCGAGGUGCUGACCGGGGUGCUGAUGCGGGAGCUGCUGCCGGCGCUGCGAGCCCAGACCCUGCCCGGCCUGCGGGGGCCCAGCCGCAACCGUGCCUGGGCCUGGACCGAGCUCCUAGACGCAGUCCACGCUGCCGUCCUGGCCGGGGCCUCCGCCGGGCUCCGCGCCUUCCAGCCGGAAAAGGACGAACUGCUGGCGGCCCUGGAGAAGACCAUCCGCCCGGACGUGGACCAGAUUCUGCAGCUGCGGGCGCGCGUGGCGCGGAGGCUGCGGGUGGAGGUCGAGGGCCCCCUGGAGUCCUGCCUGCGCGGGAGGGUGGACACACAGCUGUCCCGGGUCACGCAAAAGCUGCUGAGCACCGUGGAAGCCGUGCUCUCAACAGUGCAGACCCUCCUAGCCCAGGGCAUGGACCGCCUGUCUCGCCACCUGCGUGGGAGCCCCUCUAGCACCCGCUUGCGCAAGGAGGUUUACUCGUUUGGGGAGAUGCCAUGGGACUCAGAGCUGAUGCACGCCUGCUACCGUGAGGCUGAGCGAAGCCAGAAGCGCCUGGGGCAGCUGGUGGCGCCUUUUGGCUUCUUUGGCACACGAAGCCUGGUAUUUGGGGCCCAGGAUCUCGCACAGCAGCUUAUGGCUGACGCCGUGGCCACCUUCCUACAGCUGGCGGACCAGUGUCUGACCACAGCCCUGGACUGCACCCAGGCUGCCCAGCAGUUGGAGAAAGUCAGGGGGCGUGUGCUGAAGAAGUUCCAGUCGGACAGCAGCUCAGCGCGGAGGAGGUUCGUCCGUGGAUGGUUGCUUUGUAUCUUCUUGCCCUUUGUGUUGAGUCAGCUGAAGAGUAGCUGCAAAGCGGAGCUGCCUGAGUUCGAAGGGGAGGUCCUCGCCGUGGGUAGCCCGGCCCUGACCAUCGAGGGUAUCUAUGAAGACAUUGUCCGGGGGGUCCUGCUGCAGAGGAUUGAUGGAGAACUGAAAAAGGCCCUUGGCGUCAGCGACAUGUCCUGCGCUCUGGAUGGCUGCUCGGAGGCCCCAUGGGACCCGACAGGAGCAGAUGAGGAAACUGAGGCUCAGAGAGGGACUUGUCCCAGGCAACCAGGCUCUGGUGCCGAGGUCCAGCCGCUCUGCUCACGGCCUCCUCCAGGAACAUCCACAGCGGUGUCUCGACCGCAUCUCUCUCCGUUCCCAUCGGACAAAUAAGUCAAAGCAUCCACACCAUUUCAAGGCUUUUAUUUUUCUUUUAUUAUUAAAAAAAUUUUUUUAAAUGUUUAUUCAUUUUUGAGAGAGAGACAGAGACAGAGUGUGAGCAGGGGAGGGGCAGAGACAGAGGGAGACAUAGACUCUGAAGCAGGUUCCAGGCUCCAAGCUGUCAGCCCAGAGCGCAACACGGGGCUCGAACUCAUGAACUGUGACAUCACGACCUGAGCAGAAGUCUGACGCUUAACCGACUGAGCCACCCAGGCGCCCCUCUGAGGCUUUUAUAACCCUCAUAUCUCUACCUCAUUCCUCUCCAGAAACGCUGGGUUUCUUUACCCUCCCACCAACAGCAUUUGUGCACGUUCUCUGUAUCCUUUCCAAACACUAGGGAUGUCCAUAAGAGAAAAAAAAAGUCAGUUGGAGGGACGCACACAUUUCAUUGUUUCAUUUUGAAUUUCUUUAAUGAUUGAAUUGAACCUAAAAAUAGGCUUAUUGCCAUUUUUGUUUGUGCUUUUUUUUUUAUUUUUUAAAGUGUAUUGCCAGUUCAUGGCUUUGCCUACUUUUCUCUUCAGUAGAUUUUCUCUUUUUUUUUAUUGAUCCCUAAAAACUCUUUGUAUAUUGAAGAUAUUAACGCUUUGCUAUACGGUACAGGUUAUUAUUUAUUUAUUUGUU